AUGCCACCAAGACUACCAACACGAGCGCUCGCGGCGCUGGUGCAGCCCACCGCGAGCACCUCUGCUCUCCCCUUGCUCCCGGCACAUCGCCAGCAGAUCCACGCCGCGGCAAAGCGGCCGAACCUCCGCCGCCUCGCGAUGGCUCGCCGGUUGUUCCACGCCUCGGCUCCCAGUUCAGCGUCUCCCAAGAACCCCUAUGAUGUUCUGGGUGUUGCCAAGGACGCGAGCGCGGCCGACAUUAAGAAAGCAUACUACGGCCUCGCGAAGAAGUGGCACCCAGAUACGAGCAAGGAGGAGAACGCGGCGGAAAAGUUCCACGACAUCCAGGCCGCGUACGACGUGCUGUCGGACGAAAAGAAGCGCACGGCGUACGACCAGUAUGGGAGCGCGAGCACGCAAGAGGGCUUUGAUCCCGACAUGUUCGGGCGGGGCGGCGGCGGCUUUGGCGGUUUCCAGGACUUUGGGUUUGGAGGGCGCGCGGGCAACCAGGGUGACCUGUUCGAGCAGCUCUUUGGAGGCGCGUUUGGCGGCCGCCAGUUUACGGGCGGGAGCCCUUUCGGCGGCGGUGGAGGCGGCGGGCCGUUUGGCGGCGGCGGUGGGCGCGCUCGGCAGGUGCGCGGUGACGAUCUCGAGACCAACAUGUCAGUGUCAUUUACGGACGCCUGUCAGGGCACGAAGCGCAAGUUGACCAUCACGCCGGUGGUGGACUGCGCGCCGUGCCACGGCUCGGGUCUCAAGCCCGGCGAGAAGAAGCACUCAUGCCCCACUUGCCGUGGAACCGGCCAGCAAGCCUUCCAGGUCCAGGGCAUGUUCAUGGCUUCGACCUGUCCGGCAUGCAACGGCACGGGCUCGACGAUCCCCCGGUCCGCUCGCUGCACCCAGUGCGAGGGCGUGGGCCGCGUCAAGGAGCGGCGCGAGGUCGAGGUCGACAUUCCCGCUGGCAUCGAGGACGGGAUGAAGAUCAAGAUCCCCGGCGCAGGCGAUGCGCCGCUCUCCGCCCAGGGCCCAGCUGGCGACCUGUACGUCCGCGUGAGCGUCAAGCCAUCGACCUCCUUCCGGCGGCAGGGAAUCAACCUCUACCACGAUGCCAAGGUGCCACUGCAGACGGCGCUGCUCGGCGGGCGCGUGCGCAUCCCCACUCUCGAGGGUGAGGUCGACGUGCGCGUCCGUGAGGGCACGCAGAACGCUGAGGAGGCUGUACUCAAGGGACGCGGUGUCAAGAGCCUGUAUGGGCGCAAGGGCGAGCGCGGCGACCUGGUCGUUUCGUGGAAGGUGCAGAUUCCUAGAUCCCUCACAAGCCGCCAGCGCAAGAUCAUCCAGGCGUAUGCCGACGACGUCGAGGGCCGCACACCAGAUCUCGCAUUCCUCGAUGGGAAGCCAAAGCCACCGCCUCCUCCCCCUCCCCACCCGGACAAGUUUAGCGACUCGGCGCCUCGUGAUGGUUCGGCAACCCAGAAGGAGACGGCAGAGAAGAAGGCCGACGACGUACCGUUUGUCGACCCGGCUCCCCACGAUGGUGUCAAGGACAAGGUCGCGCACGUGAUUGGAAGCGCGAUUGGGUGGGCGGAGCGGCUGUUUGGACGCCUCACCAAGGACAAGGAGGACAAGAAGUGA